GGCAUUCUUUUAUGUAAACACGGUUGAAACACUCUUACCGUGCCCGCCGCUUGUGGGAGCCCACGUUGGGCCUUUUUGCUUUUGUUUACUCUUUGAGAGAUGAGUGUAAUUCUCAACUUCACUGUGAAACACACAAUGUAGUCUGGUCUGCGUUCGUCUUGUCUCCGCUGCCCACCUGGGCGGACUUGAUUCUACCGUUUGUCUCUUCUCUCCCGAAGACGGUAAUUUCCGAGCGUUUUGCUCGCCUCCACCUGAGGCGAGAUGGUGGCCGACACUACAGGCGAUAUAGAAAUGCAGACGAACAACGCCGGCGCCGCCGCUUCGUCUUCAAAAUCCUCAGCACAGCAGCAGGGCCUGCUAUGGGAAGGCUUCGAAGCAGUUUACUCGACCACCCUCGACCCCGACGUGGAUGUCGAACCCGCAGGGGCGCUGCGAGAAGGAGGGUAUGUACUUGGCCAGGUCCUGAAUUUGGGUCGAGAUGCGAAGACCAAGGAAGUAACGAAUCAGUAUUUCUUCGUGCAGCCGGUGGGAGUCAGACGCGUCGGCAGAUGGUUAAACGUUCUGAACGAGAAGGGCCGGCCGGCCGGAAUCUACUCCUCCAAGGGAAACGUUCGCCAGGGUGUUGCGCUCAGCAACAUCCGACCAGGGCAGCACAUCUUGUUUCAGAUCGACGAGUAUACGCGCCCGAGCACGGGCAGCAGGUCAUGGAUAGCGCGCGACAUCAUCGCUGUUACUCGGGACGGAAACCCGCUGGUGACGGGGAGUGGCAGCGGCUCGACCAGUGCUGCUCCAUGGUACAACAACGGCCUGCCUGCGGAGGGGCAGCGAGGUUUCAGCAUGCAGGUGGACGACUUUCCGGCUCUCCAGGGAUCAGGACAGCAUCGCGGAUCGGCACAGCAGGAACCGGCCAUGACAGAAGAGGAAAUCAAAUUCUACAUCGACGCGCAGGUGCUGACUCGCGUCGAAAAAUACAACAACUCACGCAUAACCGACCUCGAGGAACUCGUUGGCAAGCUGAGGGAGGAACUUGCUGCUCACGGGACGACCUGCGAAGGGCUGCAGAAGAACGUCGGGGCAUUCGCGGAUCGCUUGAGCACGGUAGAACAGGACGCGGCCUCUGCGUUGACGCUCGUAGCCGAAGUGCCGAAGCUAGAGAAGCGCGUCGCAGCAACCGAAACAGGACUUGUCACCCUGAAGUCAUACGUCCAGACCAAGAUGACGAACCACUUCACGCUGAUGAUGCAGGAAAUCAACCAGGUAUUUGAGUUGGCCGCUGUUUCUACUUCUAGCGUUUCUGCUUCGUCUUCUAAUAUCUCGGUGCAGACAGAUCCGCCCGUGAAGGCAUCCGCAUUUCGCACACCUCCGCAGCCAGCACCUGGUUUGCAAAAGGGGGCUAUUGGCGGCGCGAAGUAUUUCCCGCUCUCGGUAUUCGAGAGCGAAAGCGACAAUGAAGACGAUGAUGAUGAUAGUGAUGACGAUGACGUUCUUUCGCACAUCACAGCUCAAGAUCACCGACGAACCGGACGACCAGGCUUCUCCGCAGAGCGAAGUCAGCGACAUGAGCCCAGUAUCAGCUGCAGAGGGAUCAAACCCGCAGGAGGAACCACCAGCGGCGACGGGGGCCCCUAUUUCGAAAAGGGAACGGAGCCGCAGUCCCUCUGGGCAGGUGGAGAGCAAGGCGAAGCGGACAGCUGCAAAAGGGUCGGGGGGCACGACCAGUGGUCCCGAGGCCGGCGGGGUUCCGGCGACGAGCCCUGGUGCUUAAGCAAGACGACUCUCUUCACGGUGCUCACAUUUCUUCUUACCAUCAUUCUGCUCGGAAAUUUCUUCUUCUCUGCGUUUUUCGGCAUCUCCGGAUGGAAGUACACCACAGACCACGUUUUGCUCUCGUUGUUUACGGAUCGCGGAAGGACAUUUUGCUCUACAUCGAAUUGCGACUACAUUUCGGAUGACAUCUCUACUACCAGCUGUUUUGUCGCGACCUGCUGCAGUCUCAUCGCGGUCGCCGUUUCACAACUCGCGUGUUUGCGGACAAAGAGCCGCUUGCUCCGUUUCAGCGUCAUCUUUCAGAUCUACAAGUUUGCUACUGCAGGAGCAAAGUCGCUGCGCGUUUUUUGGAAUACCUCACUUGCAGUACCGGCGUGCCUCGGGUGCUGUUUCGACAAGUUUCUCACAUUCAGCUGGAAUCUGUUCAGUAAUCGUCUGCGAAAAACGAAAUGUUACAGAAAGAAAGAUAAGAAGUUUCUAGGGGCGGCCGGGUCUUUCGGAGCGCGGUUGCUCCAAGUCGUUCUGUGCAUCUCGGACCACCUGCUGGUGUUUGCGGUCCCACCCGACGACACUGCGCUUUUUCGGGUCUCGAAAUACCGGCUGCGCUUCACGGAGGCGCGCGCAAAUCGGGCUGCAGAGUACGAGGCGCUGGUAAGUUCAUCUUACCGGGAGGUAAUGUCGCGGGCGCAUGAAGCGCGGCAACUCAAACGUGAACAGGCGGCGGCGGCAAGUUCGUCGGCUUCUUCGUCCUCAUCCAGCGGCGCGGCCCCGCAACUAGAUUCCGUCUCUUCCCCUCCUGUCCCGACCACCCCCCCACGCAGCCACGCGUCAUUUAACCGUCCCCGAUGUCCGGAUUACGGCGUUUUUACCCAGCCGGCGACCACGGGUGGCACGCAGAUACGCAUCACGACGCAGAACUGCCGCGAGAGUAUCAUUGGCAAUCGCGCGCGCGAUAAGAUAAUCCGCUCCGCUCCCGACGAUGAAGACUACAACGUGCUGGCUCUGUCUGAGGUGAACUGGGGGAAAUCCGCCGCGGGCUUGGAGGGCGUUUUAGAUAUCUCGGGCGACAUUAUCCAGGAUCGGCUUCAUAAGGGCGGCGCAGCGAAAGACGACGACUCCGACCCUGGCGACGCGCAUGAUCGGCCGGCAGAUACGAAGUCCUUCAUCACCAGGGGGCCGGGUUUUAUCGCUUGCAUUGGUCACGGGGCGGGUAUUGUGGUCCGAGGGGGGCCCAUUUUCGACGAGCUUGUGGUCUUGACAGAUGAAGCACUUGCUGAGCGAUUUCUCGUCCGGGACAGAGUAGUAGUAGGGCUCUUUAGGCGUCUGACCCUCCUCUCGGUGUACGGACCUGCGGACAGCCCCAAGGCCAGCGCUGCGAACUUCUACCGACCGCUGCUGCGAUGGACGCGGGCCUUGCUUCGCAAGACCAACCGCCGGAACAUCCCCUUCAUUCUGGCAGGGGACUACAACUGCCACAUCGGAGCGGACCAGGAGGGGUUUGUGGUUGGGAAGUUUGCUUCGGGAAAACGGUCAAACGACAAAGGGGUGGAGUUGGUCAGCCGCCUGGCCAAGCAUAACAUGCGGCACGUCGAUUCCUUUUUUGAAAUGCCGCAGCCGCGGCACACUUACCUCCGAGAGGGUUCGGAGUCCGAGAUCGACGGUUUCAUCACGAGCGGGCGUUUCUUGGGCCGGGUCGACGGCGUUAACGUGUGCAAGCACCUUCGGGACGUGACAACGCUUCGGUCCGGCAAGGAUGGGCAGUUUUGCCACCACGACUUGGACCACUACGGGAAGACCAUAACUCUCACACUUCCGCCCGACGCACACGAGGAGGAGCAGCCUUCGAAGCAGCGGGGAGGCGGCUACGCCGGGGUGGCCCCCGUUACCCAGGACUGCGUGGCUGCGUACUCCGCGCAUGUCAAGUCCGAGUUGAGCCAGCACGCGAACACGCCGACCACCCUGGAAUCAUUUUUACGUGCGAUGUCAUCAGGAGAAGCAAUAGUUUUGGAAACUGCGCAAGAGCGAGGUCUCCGCUUGGCGACAUGCAAGAAGCACGCGAAGGUGAGACAGCAGGAGGCGCCGCCAGCACUACAGCAGGACACCAGCAAACCGGCCACGGUGCGGGCACUGUGGAAGCACAUCGGGAGCACGAAGAAGUCGCGGGGGCCUUCAACGGCUCCGAUGGGUUGGUCGAAGCACUACGUAGAGAAGGUCGUCGCGAAGCAGCAGCCGUGCUCGACCUUCAACGCCUCGGAGUUCGUCGGCCGUGUCUCAGACUCGAGUGCUGCGGCGCUAGAUGCGCCGAUAGCUUUGGAGGAGUGGAAGGCGGCGGUUAAGGAGGUUCGCGCGGGUUCCGAUUCCCAGUCCUGGAGCAAAGAAAUUUUUACCGCCCUCGACGACGACCUGACCCAGUUGCUUCUGGACUUGCUCGCGCAGGAGCUGCGGGCGGGGAACGGCCUUCGGGGCAUCGACGAGAAGUUUAGGCGCACGAGGGUCUCGCUUUUACACAAACGGGGGCGACGGGACUCGUUGGACAACUACCGGGGAAUCAGUGUGGUUCCGUCACUCUGCAAAGUUUUGGCGCACAUCAUGACGCGGCGGCUGCAGAAAUUAAUCUUCGACGAGGAUUUGGCGGACAUUGAAAACUACGGAUUCGUUUCCGGGCGCAACAGCUCCGACGCUAUCGUCCUCCUGAGGCGAUUGAAAGAAGACGCCGCCGAGUUCGCCGAUUUGGAGCAGUUUUGUACGGUCUGGGCCUCGUGCCUGGACUUACGCAAAGCUUUCCCCUCGCUUUGCUGGUCUGUGACGCAGGAUACGGUGACCGCCUUAGGGAUCUCCGGCACCCUGGCGUGGUCCGCUCUAGCUUCGUGCCAUCGGGAUGUCGUCUGUAGGGAGGUGCGGGAAGGGGUAGACUUCGGUCUACCCCUUGGCCUGCAAGAGGGGUGUCCGUCCUCACCGUCCUGUUUUAGUUUGGUAUACGCGGUGGUCUCGACCGCAGUCCGCCGCGCCCGUAGUAAACUCCCCCCCGCUGCGCCGAAUCUGGAUAGUUCUGGUGUUCUCCUCAAGUACCCCACUGGGGAUUUUUUCGCGGCCAACGAGAAGGAGAAGCUGGAGUUCCUCCUGCGACCGUCCCAGCAGUCGUCGUGCGGACAGACCCGGCUGGGGACCGUGAAGUUCGCCGAUGAUACCAACUCGUUUGGUGAAUCGGUCUCCGGGGUGGUGGACCGCUCGGUGGUGGAUUCCUGUUUGAACGUGUUAGCCUCUGCCCGCAUGGAGGAAAAUGUGGACAAGCGCAUCGAGGGGCAGUUGGACCAGCUGGACUGCGGGUUUUUGGGCGUUUCGCUCGACGACACCAAAGACACACGGAAUCGCAUCAGCAGAUCAUGGAAAGCUUUCUACGGUGCUCAGCGGCACUUGGUCGGGUUUGGGGAAUUGAAUAAAUGGCACAGACGAGCGGUGGUAGUUGCUCUGGUCCGCGGUACAAUGUUGUAUGGGGCGAACGGCCGGUCUUUUUCGGCGCAGGAGCUCAGCGACCUCACUGCUGCUGACAACGCGAUCCUUCGGCGGUUGUUCAAUCUGUCCCUGCCCCAGAUGGAGGUCAUGAAAGUUUCACACGGCGACCUGCGGGAGCACAUCGGCGUUGCGCCGAUCUCCGCGGAGAUAGGUUAUUCUAGGCUGUCACACGGGGGGCAUCUGUUGCGGCGCGACCGGGACUAUUUGCCGCGCAAGGCGUUUUUCGGCCGUUUUAUUAUCAGUGCUGUGGACCCCAACGCGACCCCGGAUCGCAAUCCCGAGAUGUUCCUCCUGCCACGACGCCCAUCGCGACUACCAUCUGUGUACGAGUCUUUCAUUGAGGCGUGCGCGGCCGCACGAAUUCCAGUCCAGGAGCUUGCCGGGUUUGCAGUUUCGGAGACUCGCAGGGAUUGGUUCCUGCGUACGAGGUCGUGGUAUAUCGAUGCCACGAUGCAGCAUUGGUUUUUCGCGUCCUGGCGUGACGCACUUUCGCAGCCGCGCGUUUUAGUUGCAUAUGAGCGGCUUUUGAAGAAAAACGGAAUUUCGCGUGAGGAGUUUGAUGCGGCGUACGGCGAUCGGGCACGGGUCGGCAGCAAGCGGGCGACCCUCAAAGUGACUCCGAGCUUGGCGGAGCUGCGUGCGAAACAGACGGUACUGAAGGGCGAAAUUUCGGAGCGGCAGACGGACGAGCUUGUGCGGAACUCGGGCGGAAUCUACACUGCUUGCAAGGACGGAAUAGGCGCCCUGUGGUGCAACCAGUGCGCGGCGGCGCUUGGUGGAUCUUUGCGGGCCCUGCGUGCCCACCUCAAGUUGCACCAGGAAGACGACUUCGUCCGCAUCGUCGCGGAACGCGAUGGGUCCUACACACCGGCCGAGGAAUUCGCGUAUGGGAGGUCGGGCCAGUGUAUUCUGUCGAAAUACAAGCCAUCGCAGCGCUUUGUGCUUCCUCCGCAGCGGUUUCUCAACGGGGCAGAGGCGUCGAAGUUUAGCGCCCGACAGCUGAUUUGUCCGCACUGCGCGACGCACUCGAUAUCUUGGCCGCGCGAUUUCCAGAAGAAAGUUGGUGCGUCCCGACGCAUGAAGACGCACGAAAAGAAGUGCUGCGCGCAAAGAAAGCUCGAUUUGAAAUGCGAUCCGAUUCUUGAAGAAGAAGAUGAGAACGACACUAGUGACGUUGCGGAGAGUUGAGGAGUUCGAUAAAUUGGUAGUCUUAGUACACGACGAGCCACGAUGUGCGAAGCUGCAGUGACAAAACCCCGAGAUGCAGCUUGAAACGAACUCGAACCCCAACCCCUCCGCACGUCCCCCCCUAGUGCAGGAUAAAUGAUGAUGAUGAUGAUAUACAGAUAAUAGUACCCUUCUGAAGAUCAAAUACAAGCGCCGUCCCGUUUGUGGAUUGUGCCUUUAUUUUGGGGCAGAAAAACCGCACAAGUGAUAGCGAAACUCAAAUUUUUGUAAGAAGUUGACGUAAUUAAUAAUAGGUGUUGGUGUACUCUUGAAGGGCUCGCCUUUUUUUUUUAGAAAAGCAAACGCGUACGUUGCAAGCUUGAUAAAAAAGAACGCGUAUUGCCUCCUACUAGAGCGCCACGUCGGCAGCGAGGCGCCUGUUUCAAAAAAUUGCGGACGAGAGUCAAUCACAAGUAGCAGCCUGCUGAUGCUCUCUCUCUCUCUCCGGUGAAUGGAAAAGAACAACCGCUCCAAAGAUAUAAGAACCCAAAAAAGCUCUAGCUCAGCGUCGAGUUUGUGUUUGCCUCUCAAGAAUGCGUCCACGCUUUUCACUCUUAUUCGCGUAAAACGCAGCGCAAAGAAAUGGAUAAUUAAUUUCAGUCUCACCAACAUCAACGAGGAAUAGGAAAGAGAAAAGAUGCCACUUUUAAGUUUAGUAUAAUUGUGUGAAGAAGUUUUUUCCUAUUUCAGUCGAGCAUGGAGCAACUACAUGAUCUUGCCGCCGUCAACAUUCGACAUGAUUUCGAUUUUCUGGAUGUGCCCUAGCUACCGGUGUAUUUAUUUUUACCUUCCUACUCGCCCGUAGUACGAACAACUUUUAUUCACCCAAUUUUUUCGUAUAAUUUCGAAAUCUGAAGAGUAACGAACCUGUAUCUCAACAACAAACGAUGAACCAACCCGUUAUCAUGUUCAAAGCAAAAAUAGAAAAAAUGUUGGGCUGAGAAUUUUGCACCCACAAGAGUCUCAUUUUCUGUUGAACACCCG